AUUCACAUGUUUUGCGGCGUGUGUUGCGUUGAAAUAUUUAAAGAGGAAAAUAGGCAAUAAACGCGAAUUCAGGCAUGGAUAUUGACGAAUUGUUUGACUGCUUCGAUGAAGUGCCGGCACAGGUGCCUCCGCCGGCGAUUAACCAGGAGGAGAAACCGUCAGGAAGCGGCAACGCUAAGAAGGGAAGCAAACGGAAUGCUCAAGACAAAAAUUCAACGAAAUCCUCGAAAGAAGGUUUGAACGAAGAAGAUAAUCUAGAGGAGCCUACCAAACGUCUGAAGCAAGAGGAGACAGAGUCUUUGGCUGAUGAGGAUGAUGCUGAUGAGGAACAAACACGUACUCUAGAUUUGGAUGAUUCCGCUGCCUUGGAGGCUCUGCGCACGAGGAUUGUGACCCAUCUAUUGGAAGCGCCCAAAUCGUGCACUCACGAGGUGGCCGCUCAUCCCGACCAGGAAUAUAUACCCCUCAAACCGUUUAGCGGGGUACCGGCUAAAGAAUAUCCUUUUGUGCUCGAUCCCUUCCAGCGACAAGCGAUCUUGUGUAUCGACAACAGCCAGAGCGUCCUGGUCUCGGCCCACACAUCAGCUGGAAAGACUGUGGUUGCGGAGUACGCCAUCGCCAAGUCGUUAGCCGCCAAACAGCGGGUCAUAUACACUACACCAAUCAAGGCGCUCUCCAACCAGAAGUUCCGCGAGUUUACCGACGAGUUCCAUGACGUGGGUCUGGUCACUGGAGACGUGACCAUUAACCCCUCUGCCUCCUGUUUGAUUAUGACAACCGAAAUUCUGCGGAACAUGCUGUAUCGCGGUAGCGAAAUAAUGCGCGAGGUGGGCUGGGUGGUCUUCGACGAGAUUCACUAUAUGCGCGACAAGGAGCGCGGCGUCGUCUGGGAGGAGACGCUCAUCCUGCUUCCGGACAACGUACGCUAUGUGUUUCUAUCGGCCACUAUUCCCAAUGCGCGACAGUUCGCCGAGUGGGUCUGCCACCUUCACAAACAGCCGUGUCACGUGGUAUACACCGACUAUCGUCCCACUCCCCUGCAGCACUACAUCUUCCCGGCUGGAGGCGAUGGAAUCCAUCUCAUUGUAGACGAGAAGGGGCAGUUCAAGGAGGAGAACUUCACUACAGCAAUGGCAGUGCUGGCUAAUGCGGGUGAGGCUGGCAAAGGAGAUCAGAAAGGACGCAAUGGUGGCAUUAAGGGCACCAAUGCCGGACAAACGAAUAUCUUUAAAAUCGUAAAGAUGAUCAUGGAGCGCAACUUUGCACCAGUCAUUAUAUUCUCGUUCAGCAAAAAAGACUGCGAAGUCUACGCCAUGCAGAUGGCCAAGUUGGACUUUAAUACUCCAGAUGAGAAGAAGCUGGUGGACGAGGUUUUCAACAAUGCCAUGGAAGUGCUUUCGGAGGAGGAUCGUCGCCUUCCCCAGGUUGAGAACGUAUUGCCGUUGUUACGCCGCGGCAUUGGCAUCCAUCACGGUGGUCUGCUGCCCAUCCUCAAGGAGACCAUAGAAAUCCUGUUUGGCGAGGGUCUAAUCAAGGCCUUGUUUGCCACAGAAACUUUUGCCAUGGGCCUCAACAUGCCGGCCAGGACGGUAUUGUUUACAGCUCCACGAAAGUUCGACGGCAAGGACUUCCGCUGGAUUAGCUCCGGCGAGUACAUCCAGAUGGCGGGUCGUGCCGGUCGUCGAGGAUUGGAUGACAAGGGUAUUGUGAUCCUGAUGAUCGACGAAAAAGUUUCGCCGGCCGUAGGUCGAGACAUUGUGCAGGGCAAGGCGGAUCCCAUCAAUUCAGCAUUCCAUCUUACAUACAACAUGGUGCUGAAUCUGCUGCGCGUGGAGGAGAUCAAUCCGGAGUACAUGCUAGAGCGCAGUUUCUAUCAGUUCCAAAACCAAGCAGCCCUUCCAGGCCUACAUGACCAAGUGGAACAGAAGACCUUAGAGCUCAACAAGCUUAGCAUUAAGGACGAGCACAAUAUAGCAUCCUAUCACCACAUCCGGUCUCAGUUGGAUAAUCAUGGCAAGCAGUUCCGCCAGUGGAUAACAAAGCCGCAAUAUCUUUUGCCGUUCCUGCAGCCUGGCAGAUUGGUCAAGGUUUCCGCGGGCACACAGGAGUACGACUGGGGAAUUGUCCUGAACUUUAAGAAGCAGGACCAAAGCCGCAAGAAUCCAUUGAAGACUGAGCCCAGCGUUACCAUUGAUGUGCUGCUGCACGUUAGCGAAGCGGCUGCCAAGUCUGGAGACACAGAGCCAUGCCAGCCAAAUGAGCGCGGAUGCAUGGAGGUGGUUCCGGUUGCGCAUACGCUCAUUACCCAGAUCAGCUCAAUUCGGGUUUACUUCCCCAGCGAUUUACGCAGUGCGGACAAUCGGCGGGCCGUGCUGAAGACCAUUCAGGAGGCCAAGAAACGAUUCCCUCUGGGGCCACCGGUCCUCAAUCCCAUUGAUGAUAUGAACAUAAAGGAGCGAGAAUUCCGCGACAUUGUCGAUACGAUAGCGCAAUUUGAGACGCGGCUGGAGGAACAUCCUCUGCACAAGUCCCCGGAGCUGGAGCGCAUUCACCGGCGCUAUCAGGACAAAGUCAAGUUGCAGACGGAACUCCAAGAACUAAAGGCGGAGCUCAAGGCCGCCCGGAGUCUUCUACAAAUGGACGAGUUGAAGCAUCGCAAGCGUGUACUUCGUCGGAUGGGUUAUUGCAAGCCGGGCGACGUUAUUGAGUUUAAGGGUCGCGUGGCUUGUGAACUGAGCUCAGCGGAUGAACUUUUGAUGACCGAGAUGAUCUUCAAUGGAGUGUUCAAUGAGCUUACCGCGCCGCAAGCUGUGUCUUUGCUGUCCUGCUUUGUGUGCGACGAGAAGUCUAGCGAGUCACCAAAAAGUGCCUCGGAGCUAUCGGGACCUUUGCGAUCCAUGCAAGAUCUUGCGCGGCGCAUCGCUAAGGUGUCGACAGAAUGUAAACUAGAUUUAGACGCAGAUACGUAUGUUGAUAAAUUUAAGCCCUUUCUCAUGGACGUGGUGCUGGCCUGGUGUAAGGGUUCUAGUUUCCUCUCCGUUUGCAAGAUGACCGACAUUUUCGAGGGCUCCAUUAUUCGGUGCAUGCGCCGCCUUGAGGAGCUGCUCCGUCAAAUGUGCCAGGCCUCGAAAACCAUUGGCAACACGGAUCUGGAAAACAAGUUCUCCGAAGGCAUUAGACUGCUCAAGCGCGACAUUGUCUUUGCUGCCUCGCUGUAUCUGUAAGAUUUUAGGAAACCUAUUCUAAGCUCCUUUAAAAUUCUUUUUCCUUUUAUUAUUUUAGAAGUAAUAUUGAAUUCCAUAAUGAAAUGGAUGAAAUUUCUUAAUCAUUUGAAACUGAGAACUAAUCUUAAAUUAAGACAAUGCAAGUUUCUUUUGUAGAUUUUUUAUGUUUAUACAAUAAAUGAGACCUUGGGUAACCAACA